GUUGUAAGAAGAGCAUAUAUUUUGUUAUCUCUUCUUCCACAAACUUUCGGAGUUUUCUUUCGUUAAUUAAUAAAAUCUUUGCUUAAUUAAUUUGUCCUUCCUGGAGGGGCAAUUAAUUAAUUAAUCUCUGGUGAGUAUUUAUAAAUAUGGAGAGCCUGGAAGAAAGAGUGUUUAUGUUCAUGGAUGAACAAUAUUAUUUUUCCAAUUCCAAUGAAUCAGAGCUGCAUAUGCAUCAUCAUCCCUCUGUGUCUGUGGAGAACAUAUCGUGGGAAAACAACACCGACUUCGAUGACUCACCCGAGAGAACUUUGUAUUGGGAAUCUCAGAUCGCACUGCUUCAGGAAAUUUUAGAGCGAUACCAUUUAAGUGGAUCAAAAUUGAGACGAGAGGUUGGUCGAAUCAUAAAAGAGGUGAAAGCUUCGGAUUUUUGCAGCUGUUUGAAGGCUAACUCUUGGGAUUGCACCACCUGUUUGAGAAGACGAGUGGUUGAUGGGCUCUGCCGAAGAGGAUUCAGUACCAACCUUUGCAUUUCAAAAUGGGAAACCACAAAAAAGUUUCCAGGAGGCUGUCACGAGUAUAUUGAGGUGAUUGCAAACACAUCAACAAGGAAGAAGAUUCAUUUUCUGGUGGAAUUGGAAUUGAAGGAGCAGUUUCAGAUUGCAAAAGCAAGUGAAAAUUACCAGAAUCUAGAGUCCUGUUUGCCAGAAUUUUAUAUUGGAAAACCGGAAUACUUAACUGCCAUUGUUCGAGUUAUGUGCAAUGCUGCAAAGAAAUCAAUGAAGGAAAAGAAAAUGCACGUGGGUCCGUGGAGGAAGAGCAGCUUCAUGCAAAUGAAGUGGUCAGGAUUCAAUCAAAUAUGCAAUUCUAAUAAAUCCUUGGGUUCAGUUACAACAUAUUCCCAUGCACAAACAAAUCAGUCUUACCUCAGAAUUUCAGGAGCUCCUACACCUGUGCUAGUCACCUGAAAAUGAGAAGAAGAAAAAUUCAAUUCCAACACUAAAUUUUGAACUUAGGCCUAUUUAGUAGUAGGAGUUGAUGCCCAAGUGGAGCAAUAUAUUAGAAUUCGCAAUUCAUUGUCCUUUACUUUAGCUCCAAGAUUAUGAUGUAAUAUAUUCGCCUAGCAAUAGAAUAUAUCAUAUAUUGUUUGCAGUAACUUUUAAA